CUCGUAUACUCUUGCAGGCUCUUGCAUUGAUGGCGUCAACAACUACACUUGCCUUUGCUCCGUGGGCUUCAAGGGUCGUUUAUGUGACGAAAGGGUUUACAAAUGCGCUAAUGAUUCAUGUUUUCCUGGUGUCAACUGUACUGAAGUUCCUGGAAGUGUGAAGUGUGGUGCCUGUCCGGCUGGACUUUCUGGAGAUGGAAAAACGUGCCUUGCAUCAACAUCGACAUGAGCAGCAACAACAACAGCACCAACAACAACAGCACCACCAACAACAACCAAAGAGCCUACAACAGAUGUCACCGCCGAGAUCCGUCUAAAAAUGACCUGGAAAAUGGAGCUGUCAGACAAAAUGAGCAAGGAAUUUAAGGAUCUGGCGAAACAUCUUAAAGGCCAGAUUGCAGACGCAUUUAAAGAAAAUAAGGAUUUCAUUUCAGCCACCAUCUUAUCAUUCAGAAAAGGGAGUAUCGUGGCCCGGUUUUCCCUUCUAUUUUCUAAAAAUGACAAGCAACCACUUGACGACCUUAAAAAGAAGAUCAAAGGCGGUAAACUUGGAAGCAUUGAUGUCGACCCGGAGUCUCUAAAGCGUUUGGAUGUUAAGCAAGGUGACACAGCUUCUGAAAACGACUUGCCGAACUUCGUCAUUUAUUUGGUUAUUGCCGGGUCUGUUGUGGUACUGGUUAUCGUCAUCGCACUACUUAUACUUGUGUGUGGGCCAAAGUUCAAGUACAUCGUGAACAGAAAAAAGAAGGGGAAGGGUACCGAAUUCAACAUGGAAUCCUACGGAUACAAUAACCCCGAAUAUUCGGAGUUUCCAGAGAACAAAAACCGAGAAGAAAAGCAAUAGCUGGCCAAACAUGCCCGUAAUGAGAGCUAUGUAACAAAAAAGCUCCUAGACAAAUGACCUGAUGUAGCCAGUAAGCACUGUGUGAAAAUGAUAAUCACUUUGACUGAUUAACGACCUAUUCCAUUUGCUGUUCCCAAGUGUGUGAAAAAGAAUUUCGAAAUAGAAAUUUAGAAAUACUUUAGAAAUACGAUUCACUUAGUAACGUUAUUUUAAAACAUUUUAUGGCAACUACUAGCGGGGGACAGGCAAUGACGGAUCAAGGGAGUGGUCCAUGGAGGAGGGGGCGGUUUCUAUCCCCGUUUUGAACGGAAAUUUUGCAAUUCUUCAAAGGAAAUCCGUCUCUCCAGCAAAAACAGGUAAUGACUAGGCUUGCCCCCGACAAAUUUUUAUAGCUACAGGCAAAAUGUUUGUUUAACAGUAGUAUAGAGUGUAUACUGCCCAUUUGAAUGACUGCACUGAAUAAAAAGGUAUUUUAAGCAUAGCUUUGAGUUUGUUUUCCACGCCUUGACUCAUUAAGGAUUUUUACAGGCUUUUUGUCCUUUUGUUUUAUAGAUUGAGGAUAAACUUUAAUAAGACAAACAUUCUUGUAGCAUUUUGUAUAGUGUGAUAACAAUGUUUGUACCACCGUUUUCAUCAUAUUAAAAUCCAAUUUUGGA